GUAUUGAGUGGCCGUGGCGUGCCUGUAUGAUCCUCACCGGGAGCAAACUAUAAAUACAAGAGCCGAUUAUUCCUCCCUUCGCCCACGCCCCAUUGAACAGUUUAAAUCGGCCAGUAGUGAUUCGAACAUCAUGAGUACCGAGGGCAAGCGAGGAGAGUACAACAGGCAUUCGUCAGAGGUGGACACCAACAAGGUAGAGAAGGACUUGAUCAUUCAAGCGCGGAAAUUGGUGCAAUCCAAAAGUGGUGUUUUCGACCCUGACGAAGAAACGUACCGCGGUAGAUCACGAUCUGUGGAUCGCGAUAAGGGGCUUCCCACUAUACCGAGGCAAGAUUCUGAUGCCCAGAUCCCAACCAUGGAAGACAGCUAUCGUUCAUUAUUAAAAAGUGUCGGCGAAGACCCGAACAGGCAAGGGCUACAGAAGACACCGGAAAGAGCGGCCAAGGCGCUGAUGUUUUUCACCAAAGGUUACGAAGAAAAACUACAAGAUCUUCUCAACGAUGCAAUAUUUGAUGAAGAUCACGAUGAAAUGGUGAUUGUCAGAGAUAUUGAAAUGUUCUCCAUGUGCGAGCAUCACCUAGUUCCAUUUGUCGGAAAAGUUUCAAUAGGAUAUAUUCCAAACAAACGUGUCAUCGGACUUAGUAAAGUAGCUCGAAUUGUGGAAAUGUUCAGUCGAAGACUGCAAGUUCAAGAGAGGUUAACAAAACAGAUAGCUUUGGCCUUGACAGAAGCAGUAAAACCAACUGGUGUGGGAGUUGUCAUUGAAGCUUCGCAUAUGUGCAUGGUGAUGAGAGGAGUACAGAAAUUGAAUAGCCAAACUGUCACCAGUUGCAUGCUGGGAGUUUUUCGUGAGGACUCCAAGACCAGAGAAGAAUUCCUAACUUUGCUCAGAAGAUAAUGACAACCAACUUCCAAUGUCUAAGAAUUAAUUUUAAUUAACAAAUGAGUACAAGCAAUACAAGCAGUGAGAUCCACUACUGUGAACAUGUAUACCUUGAGCUAAAACUACUGCCUUGACACAGAUAUAUAGAUGCCGUAUUUGCUCUAUUUAAAUCGCAUCUCAAAAUAGCCCAACGUUCUCAUAUGUUAGUUUUUAAUGGAAGAGAUGGGUUUCUAAUAGAACAAUUACAGUAGUUGUAUGUCAUUUGUGUUUAACUGAAUAACUGAUGGUAUGAUUUUUUCUCAUCAGGCACAUGAUUUAUGCUAAUUUAUGCUAAUUUCCCUCAAGGUAUUAAUUUACUACAUCUCAGUUAGUGGUACAAUAGAAAUAACAACCCUCCUUUCAAAUUUUGUGUUUUUUGUAGCACUACUUCAUGUUUCAUUCCUCAACAAUUUCGCUUGAUAAAAAUAAGUGACUUGUGCUGCUGCAAUUAUCAAGUUUUUUUUAUAAACACCAUAUAGAUAUGCUUUAGCAGUAAUGUAUGCAUUUACAUAAUGACAAACAUGUGUCUAUGGUUAAAACUAUUCAUAUUUUUAAUGAUUAUGCAUACAAUAUAAGGAACCCGCUGGUUUACAUGCGCUUUGGAGCAAAUACAGUACAUUUAUCUUUAAUUUUAUUUUUUUUAUUAUAGCUAAGAAUUAUUAUGUAAGUUAGAAUACGUAUUUUUACAAAUUUUUGAAAAUCAUGAAAUUCCUUGCGUGAAAGUUACUGGUACUGUAAUUGGUUUACAAUACUUUUUUGUCUAGGACUUUUAGCAAUAAAAUUACUGUAUUUGUUUAUUGAAAGCGCAACUCUAAUAGAAGUGUACAUAGAUUUCUUGUAUGCUGAGACAUGAAAAUAUGAAUUACUUUGACUAUAAACACACCUGUCAUUUACGUGAAAUUGCUCGUAUUACUGACCGACACCGACAAAUGUGAAAUGAGUGAUAGUGAAGGAGCAUUGAUUUUUCAGUUACUUUAUUAUCACCUCUUGAAUAUGCAUGAUAUUAUUUCAUUAAAAAAAUUAAAAUAGCGAAUGACGUAUUUAUAAUCGUAUUGGCGUUGUCAUAAUUUGGCAAUGGCCUAGCCCUUGUUCUGGUAGUAAACAGGUAGUUAAAACAAAUCACUGAAAAAAACUGCAACAAAGUGUCAAACACAGUUUAUGUGGGAUAUAUCUUUAUUGUCUUCUCACAUCUGAAUUUAAUUCGUUUCUCGCUGUAUAGUGUUUUAUGGUUACGUCAAUUCUAUUUUUGGUAAGAUCUCGUAAUCAUGACCUCGACUUGUUUUAUACCAUCUGUUAUUUUAUUAGUAUGCGCCACUGUGAUGAAAUUUUUCAAAAUAAGUCACUAUUUUAAAUUUCACCAAAGUGUUCUUGUGAUCAUGGCUAACAAAAGACAUUUUAUAUGGUUAACUGAAAUAUGUAAUUCUUUUUGUAGACGUUCUUGUCUUUAUUUUUAAAAUGUGUAUUAUUGGAUUAUAAUUAACAGAUUUUAUUUUGGUUUUACAGGUUUACAAAAGAUUGUAAUUAUAUUGACUUCAUUGUUUGAUGAAAUGCAACUUGUUAUACAUAUCUGAUUGUUUUUCAAAUAUGCAUGUAUAUUAAGAAGCUGAUUUGCAUAUCAAUUUAUUCAUGUAUAUUAAGUAGUUGAUUUGCAAAUCAAUUUGUUCUUGUAUAUUAAGUAGUUGAUUUCCACAUCAAUUUAUUCAACUGAGCUGAUUAUAAAUGUUCAAUUGAUUCAUUUUCCCUGGAGCAGCUUAUAUCUGGAUUAACCGUUAUAAUUCCUGUAAAUUAGUUUUAGAUGGUGUUUACAUUUUUAUGAAUAUAUAUGUAUACUAUAACCAACAAAUUCCAAUAUAUAUAUGGAAGUCAAUUUGUUUUCUGAUUCAACUGGCAAGACCAUUUUGGUCCUAGAAACUAAAUUUAUAAAUGUGAGAAUUGUUUUUUCUGUUUUCUGACAAACCUGGGUGGGGCAGUUUUAUUUAAAGUAACAUUCCAUCUUUGUAUUUUAUACAGAACACUCGCACUGAAGAGGUUAUAGAGCAAUUCCUGAAAUAUUGAAGUACAGCUACCUUACACUGAAAGUUGUAGUGUCUAACCACCAAACAAAACAUAAUUUCCAUUUCUGUAAACACGUUUCUGUAUUUUUUAGAUUCUUCUACAGAUUGUUACAGACAGAAUAUGCUAAUCUAAUAAUACAUAUAUAUAUAUAUAUUCAACAAACAUAUUUUAUUAUAAAGAAGGUAAUAAAAAACAAUGACAGUGCGGGGUGGCAGCCUUGAGUUCUGAUGAACUGGGUUUUUCUCUAAUACUAUUCACUAUCAUCAAAUUUACUUUUUGAGAUUUUCUAUGAAUAUUUUCUGACUAACAAUUUUUUUUUCAUAUGUGGGUUUACUUUGGUUUGAGACUCAUAACACAGCAGUAUGUGUAGAGUUGAUUCCCUGUGGGUGUCUAACCUCGCAAAAUACCUGCAACUUGUGUGUCUGAAUGGGUGUGUGAUUGAGUGUUUGAACAAUCUCUACUCACAUUGACAUAUCAUUUUGUAUUUUAACCCAAAAUGUUAUUAUCAUUAAUUUGCAAUUUCUAUAACUGACAAUGAGAGCAUUUUAACGUACUGUAAAAUACUUUAUUUUCAAUUGAAAUUUUCGUUAUUUUCGCUGAAGGAAUGAUUCAGUGAAAAUAAAAUCCAGCAAAUAUACCUUUUUUCCUAUAUUUUACAUUGAACUCGUCAAAAAUCAGUGAAAAUAAUUUCCACACAAAACACCCAAAAAGUCUUUUCAGCGAAAAUUAAUUCCAGCUAAAAUAAAGUAUUUCACAGUACUUGACCAAAACAAUAGUUUCUCAUAUUGCCAAAUAUUAAUCAUGUCAAGCACUGUCAUAUUACCGACAGUGAGAUAAUAAGCUGUGUAUCUGUAUUGAACAAAAUGAUGUAAUAUAUUGUGAAAUAGGGAUUAUUAUCUCUCAGUGGUUGAAUAUCUUGAAGCACCAUAAAAGUGAAUGUAUACAAUAAGGGUAUGACUGUGUCGCACCAAAUAAGAACCAAGUAUCAGUAAUUGUAUAUCAGUAUAUUUUAAUGACAAAUCAUGGAAUUGUAGUAAUUAAUGUGUUGUGAGCAGAAAACAAAUGACCAAAACAACUAAAUAAAUUAUUUAACUUCAA